AUGGCGUCCACAUACAGCAUGCCAUACACUCCCGCUGAUUACGUCGCUUCCGAAGCACUACUUCCUGAGGAAUUCUUCGGUUAUGCCGACAUCCCAACUCUAGUGAAGAUUCACGAGGUUCUGUGCAAUAGCGAAACACAGGAUGACGUCGAGCUCGCUACAUGGAUACAGGAAAGAUACCUCAGCGCCCCCAGGAACGAUUCUGGAACAGAACAGAUGCGUACCGCGCAGGAAUUCGGCAGAUUAGACAGGGCUUACCGUAGGGUGCGGUCUCUCAGUGGCAAAACCCAGGACAAAUGGCCAAUUCUGGACAUACAUUUCAAGGAGAUGUCAUCAAGCAUGGUUCGAAAUAACGCGCGCGGUGAAGCCGCUCCCGGAGUCAUGUUCCCAAUUGACGGAUUGCAGAAGAAAGCUUGUCUAGCUGGGCAGCCGCUCAACGGGUUUGUCACACCUGAUGCCUCCGCAGGACCAAAGCUCCAAGUGCCGUUUACAAAUAAGCCUAGCCGGUACCAACCAGACGUGCAGACUUACCCACGUCCGACACGGCAGACUCCUGUACCACUUCCUUCCAACGUUACUUCCAAAUCAUCUGGAGAGCGGAGCUCUGAGAGCCAUGCCGUACCUCCCAAUCGGUCUCAGAUUCCUGCAACCUCUUCACAGAGCAUUCCGCAGCACACUGACUUCUCCUCACAGCCAGACGGCCAUACAACGUCUCAGACCGAGCCACCCCCAUCAGGCUUGCCUAAAACCGAAAAAGCUCUUGGCCAGACCCCACCUAACGACAACAGUGAAGCUCUUCUAUCAGAGCCCGUAGGCGGUAACAUGACGCGCCACAUCGGCUCCAACCCCAGUGAAGAUUUGCAGGCAGAGUCGGCAGUACGAGAUGCGGGCGCGGGUAAGGUUCGCGGCCCAAAUGGACGCUACUUACCCAAGGACGACGUCGAGCCCGAGACCAAAAAGGCUAAGAAGCCGAAGAAGGCAGUUAAGCCUCGUACGGGCUUGAGAAAUAUGAAAAAACUGGAAUCACCUGCACCAAGCACAGUCGGCGAAAAACCAGCGACUGUACCAGCCGAAGAUGAAGAUUUGAUGGCAGAUGCUCAGCCGCCUUCGCCUCCAGUGUCUAGCCAUGGGGCUGAUGAGAUGAAUGGAGUGGAAGAUGUCACAUCUGCUAACCCAGCUUUUGACAUCGUCGUAUCAUCCACAACCGAUCUGGCUACAUCCCCUGCAGCCGCAAGCGAGCAAGAGGCCGAGGUGGAGGACGAAGUAGCGUCCGACUCGGGAUCUACCCCUGCGUAUCUUCUUGCAGCCGCGGCUGAUCCAGUACCGUCAAAUCUGGACAAGCUGCCUCCUAACUCUAGGAAGUCCAUCAAAAGAAAGAGUGAGCCAACUGCCACGUCUGGAGACCGGAAGCGGGGUAAACACGGUGGAAUAGUCGGCCGCCCAAGGAAGUCCGAGCAGCAUGGAAGCCACACAUCAGAUCAAGAGCCAGCUCAAGAACAAGAUGAGAAGGUCACAGAGACAGAGGAUCCGCCUCAGAUGGUAACACGUCGAGCUACCCGACGCUCUGCGGCAGCAAAUCUGAACGCGCCCGAAACCAGCAAGCCAGAUGCAACGUCGAUGGCAAAACCGCCUAUCAAGGCACCGGUCAAGCAGUCGCUCUCAACCUCGGUAAAGCCAUCAAAAUCCAAACGAAGCUCAAAGGGAUCAUCCACUCCCGAAGUAGACGAGAUAAUGAGUGGGGUCGAAGACCAUGCGGCGGCUAGCCAUGAGGAGACUCUGAAGCCUACUCCCAUUGUUAGAGAAGCCAGUGCUACGCCUUCAUACGCUUUGGGAAGCGUUGCACCCUCGCAGCUUCCAGAUAAUCACUUCUUGAGCAUUGGUAUUAGCAGGACCAGCUCCCCCGCCCUUCAGCCGUCUUCGCACCAGCCCUAUCAAUCACCUUACCAGGCGGUGCCGCCAACGCCACCACCUACAGUUGUUGCAAAAACGCCCCUCAUCAACGGCACAAGAUCUACUUACCCGCCAGGUCACGUGGAAUAUUUCGCUCGCAUCACUACAAGCAACGGCAGUACAAUGGACUUACCGAUCGAAGAGAGCCAAAUCGAGAGAAAAGAGAUGGAGACGAUCAAGAGAUAUGCCGAGUAUAACGCUGUACCCGACGCGGUGCCAGUAUUGUAUCCUCAGUUCCGGCAGAUCUGGGCUUUUGCGAAACAGGGUUGA